UGCUUUACCACUCAUGCGAUACUUGAUAAGCCUCCCAGCUGGAUGCGAAACUGGAUUUGGUUGAUAUUUGCACUCACGGUCUCUCGGAAGUAUUUCUUCAUGCGCCAUAUUCAAAUAAUCACUUUCCUAUUUUAUAUUACUGAGGCAAACUGGAACUCUCUUCCACCACACACAUCGAAAGACCGGAGUUAACAGAUUGUUUGAGAGUCGCGGCCUCCCUCAUGGCUCAGACAGACGAAGAACGAGUCCGUCUGGACCAUGCCACGAACUUAGUGUGCCUUAUAGACUUGCCCCUGGAAUGCCUUCAGCUUAUCUUCGAACAUAUUGUUGAGUACGAAGCGCAGAGCGACUCAAAUUUGAGGGAUGCAGCCCGCCUCCUUCUUGUCUCAAAGCUGUUUGAGAUCGAAGUCAUGAGAGCGAUAUACACUACCAAACUUCUUCACAAGAUGAAGCACAAUGCAGAAGUCGGCAUUCUCGCUCAGCGAGGCCACUCGCACAUGACAUCACGCCGUUGUCGUGCGCAGCACCGGGGUAAUGCGAGUUCAUUCUUGGCAAAGUACCUCAUGAUCCAGUCACAUCGUCACUUGCCCUGGAACACAAGCUUAGCCACGGUGAUCAACGCCAUCACAGAUCGGACAAUGUCGGUUGAUGGCUUCGAUCUUGACGGCGGGGAGCGAUACAGACGUGUCCACCGUCUCUGCCAGCACGCUGUCCACCUUCCAGAUCCAGUCAAAAGCUACGGAAUUUGGAAUCUCUUCGGUAACCAUUUUCAGAGGCUGCUGUUUCCUUUGGAUUCCGUCAUCACAGAUGAGCCAUUCAAAGAUUUAGUAUUUCUGGCAAAAGUCUACUUACAAUCAGAAGACUCCGAACGAUUUGUGCUAUCACAAAUCCUGAGAAAUGGCCCCAAAUCGCUGUCAUAUAUCGGAACGGCCACGUCGCGGGCUGGGCAACACGAUGUUCCUUCACUAAUGGGAUCGGUCAUGGAAGCUGCGAUCAGAAGCCGCAGUUCGAAUCUUGCUUUCCUUCUGAUUAAUUAUGAUAUCAACAUCUCGCGCGCAAAGAUCACGAAGACGGUCCAAGGAAAGAAGAUGGAGGACGUCAGGUUCUACGAUGUUCACUUCUGGAGGCUAGCCGUGGCUUUUGACGACAUGGAGACCCUAAGCGCACUUUUGGAUGCCGCAGACCGAAGAAUACCAUCCAAGGCUCUGGGCAAAAUUCUUCUGGAGACUAUGUGUGUACCACGCCCAGAAUUACUUCAAUUGCUAGUGGAUAAUCAAAUGCCUCCGGACAAGGAAGCGGCGACCCUAAGCACUUACUACAAGAUUCACAGGAGGAAUGACAGGUUGAAACAGGUCAUAGACAUGUGCCUCGAGGAGGCCAUCGACCAUGGCCAUCCUGGGGUGUUCAACGUGCUCGCACGCACACCUCACUCUCUUGCAGCUGACUUUUACCGAUAGCUGGAAAAGAAAAUGGGGGUUCGAUCCUUCGGUU